AUGAAGCUACGAAGCUUCCUCAAGAGAUUAUCGCACGCCAAGAGUUUAAUCAUCCUCGAGACCGAUGACUUCAGACUUACUCCACAUAAAAUGGGACAAAUCGUCAACGGCCUACCUCGCCUUCAGCGCCUUCACCUGGGUUCCAGGAAAUGGGAAAAUCCUCCAGAUGUUUUGUCUCGGGAGUUGCUCGUUUCCGAAGCUAAGAAGGCUUCGUAUCAUCUCGACAAGGCUACUGAAUUUCCCACUGACUAUCCUAACCUAUACCCCGACCCAAUCACUGACUUUCCCCACCUCCCUCACCUCCAAACCUUCCGCUGCCGCUCCUACAUCAAGCCCUCCCUCCUCAAGCCCCUCCUUGAACCAGCCGCCCAGAACGGCAGCCUUGAAGUCCUCGAACUAGCCAUCGACCCAACCUUCAGAUUCCCCAGCGACCCGCGCAUUCGCCACCUCCUUCACAACGCAGAGCCUAUCCAGCACCCCGCCACCGACCUAUCCUUCGCACAAAGCGAGAACCUCCACACCCUUGGCCUGCGCGACUUCAACUGGGCUGACGCAGACAGCCACGGCUCGGUGCUCGCCAGUACAUUCAACGGGAAACCCCUGCUCGAUUGGAUCGAGUGCUUCCCUAAAUUGCACACCGUCAUGGCCUACCCCGGCAUGUACGAGCAAGCAGCCGGCUUUAUGCUGGAGCUGAUCCGACAUCCGAGCGUCAAGGAGCUCCAUCAGUCGGUACUAUCUGGGAUAAUGUGGGAUGAGGCUAAGAAGCUGGCAGCAGAGCAUGGAGUCAAGCUUCAUCAUACUGUGAAUUUUGUUCCGGCUGGAUGGUAUGAGUGGUACAAAGAAGGUUGGCAAUGA